GUUCAAUGAGAGAAUCACGGUUCUCAAAAUGAUCAUAGUGGUUGUUAUGUUUCUUUAAAGAAUAUGGCAAGAUGGCGACAUAUUUGAAGCGAACGUCAAAAUUGUUUGAUAUUUCUUUGACACAAUCAUCGCUGGAUAUUAAUCUACGAGAUUUAAUAUGCCCAGUAUGCCGCAGCAUUCUUAUUGAACCAGUAACAUUGCCGUGUACACAUAACCUUUGCUUAAAAUGUUUGAAAGGUACUUUCGAAUACAAUAGUUUGAGUUGUCCUCUUUGUCGAAUACGAGUCGGUUCUUGGCUACGUACAGCGACGAAGACCGAAACAUUAGUUAAUAACGGCCUUUGGGAGUUAAUUCAGACGAAAUUUUCCAAAGAGGUUGAAAGUAAAUACAGCGGUAACGACAGAAGUAUCGAUUUGGAUGCUGGCUACAUUGGUGCUGAUAAGAUACUUAGUGCAGCUGGAGAAAUUCGACACGAAUAUGAGGUGCAACUUCAAAUGGCAGAGGAAGAAAUGCGAUGUCAAAGAAAAGCUGAAGAGAUAGCCAGCGAGGCUUUGAUUCGCAAAAUUCAAGAAGAAGAGCAACAACAACAGCUGGUUCAAUUAACUCAAGAUCAAUUACUUGCUAAAUCUUUGGUAAAGAAACAGCUUGUCGACAAACACAAAGAAGUGUCUAAAUAUAAGAACUCUCUCAAUGUAUCUAAUAGUUCUUUUCACACUUCAAAAUUGAAUGUCGCUACUAUGACUGAAGUGAAUUCAUACAAAGGGGAAUCGCAAAGUUCGAAGUAUGAGAAAGAGUCUCAAGAUAAUUCUGGAUUAAGAAGAUCAAAUAUUGCGUUAAUAUCUAAGAUCCAUACAGAAAGAUAUGCGUCUAGUAUAAAAAACAAUGUAGACCUGUCUGGUGCAUGUAACGAUUCUACGAGUAAAUUCUGUUGUCAGAAACCUGUACAUAAUGCUGUUUCAAGAACUUUAAAGCAUCAAACGGUAUCUAAAGUAAUUGAGCCUUGUAUAUCAAAAUGCUCUUUGGAACCUAGAACGUCUACUUCAAAAAUAUAUGGUACCCAGAGCAAGGAAGAGUUGCAUGUACCAAAUGAUAUCGUGAACAGUAAAAAAAAGAGCUUAAGUGUGGAAGUGUGUGUGUCGUCAGGGGACGAUGACGAAAGAAUGGGAAGUGCAGAAAGUACUGGUAGUCAUGAUAGCAUUAAUCAAGAAAUUCAUCAUUUUAAACCUAUCAAGGCUAUGCCCAGAACACCAUUAAAAAUGUCUACAGAUGGAAGACAAAUAGAUCCGAAACUAAUUAGAGUUGUUCCAAUACUAAAAAGGAUAUCGAACGUUGUACCUAAACCUCCGUCUCAAGUACAUUUAAAACGAAUCAUUGGAUGUUCCUGGAGUGCGUUUCGAGGAAGAACUAAACAGAGCUCUAAAGAAAAAGAUUCAUCUAAGCAAGAGAUUGAACAGAAACCAUCAACAUCUUGUAAUCAGUCACAGACAAAAUUUCAGACGCAUGAUAAUAUUCGCAAACUUGAAUAUAUUUCAGAGAUAUCGUUCGAUUCUAAUAAAAAUUAUGCUAAAAAUGUGAAUAACAUAAUUAAUGGUACUAAAGUUAGUAAAAAUUUAAUAUUAGAAGAGCAUAGAGAUAUUAGAAAAGUACAAAAGUCUUGGAAAUCUCAUGUUAGAAACGGUAUGGUGUGUAAAUCCAAACGACAAAAAUCUUUGUGGGCUAAGAAAGAUAUUAAGGUUGCAGCAAAUACAAAGUAUACGAAUGAUAUCGAAGUGAGAAAUUUAAAUUCCUCGUCUGAAUCUAUGAAGCUAAAUUCUUUCUAUGAUAAAAAAUCUGAAAUACGGGAAGCGGACGAUAUAACGAUCGAAAAUAUUGCGGAGAGAAUAAAGAAAAGGAAAAUAAACACAGAUAAAAAGAAUUCCACCAGACUGUCCUCUUCGGAUUUAGAAACAAUUAUAAAAAGAGACACAAGAAAGAGACCGUGUAGAAAAGAGGAGAUUGAAUAUGAAAUGACAGACGAUGUUCCUGUUUCAGUGCAAAAUAGAAGUAGAACUAAGUUCACUAGAUCUGCUUUAUCGAAGUCGAAACAGCGAAGGGUGUGCUCAACGAAACAAUCUAGUAUAGAAAGUUCCGAGAAAGGUGACGCUUCCAUAAAGUUAAAUUGCCAGAUUAACAAUUCUGGCUUAAAAAGAACAACACGAAAGAUAAAACAGGCCAACAGUUCCAUAAAUACAACAUACGAUAGCGUGAAUAAUGUGGACAAUUGCAAUUCGUCUAAAUCUUGCGUUGAGAUGCAAGAACGUAUAUCAGAGAAUAACAAUACUACCGAAACGAGUACGAUUGUGGAGAAAAAUAUUCUCUCGGACGAAGAAAUUAUCAAAGAGCAAGAACGAAUGGAAAGACUAGUUAUACAGGAGAAAGAAGACUUCGAGUUGGCCCAAAGAUUGCAGGCAAAGUUUGAUGAGAUGGAGGGAAUCGCUGGUCGAACCAGAAGAUCUAGGAGGGCGAUCGAGAGUGAAACAAUCGAACUAGACUUGUAUAAAAUUGCCGGGAGAAAUCUACAAAAAGCAAUGAAUUCGCAUACUGCCAAAUCAUCAAUUAUCAAUCACGCUGUAAACACCGAGGUGAAAAAACGUGGUAGACCUCCAAAGCGUGUAAAAUAAUCUAUCAGCAUUGAUCAUUACGUCGGCAAAUCGCGAACUUUCCAAAUGGAUGUUCCUAUAAACUGUAAAAGAAAGGUUUGAAUUUCAUAUUGUACAAUAUUUUAUCUAUCUUAAUCGAAUUAUUUGCGUGGCUUGAUAUGCGUACCUGGAAGAGAUGUCAAUGCGUUCAAGAGAAUGUUUUAUGAACGUGUAUAAUCGUGUUUUGUAAUAUAUUUUAUUUACAUUUGAUGUUGAAAGAUCGAAAAAAAUAUUAUAUUGAAUAAUGAUCACGAGUCGGUAAGCUAUUUUGAAGAACAACAAUAUUAUUCUAGAGAAAAGAAAUGGAAGUGAAACUUCUCUCAAGCAUUUUUAUUCUUUGUUGUCAUUGACUUGUAUAAUAGUUGAUAGGAGACACAAUUCGACUGAUGCAUAAAAGAUGGGAUUCUUGAGAUUAAAAUUAUAGCUUUAAAAAGAUUUAUUAUAUAUUUAAAAACAAUACACACAAAAUAUGUAGAUGUAGUACUAUUACCAUUCUUUUUUUUUUUUCUUUUUUUUUUUUCUAGUAAGAUACGUGAAUUACGGUUAAGUAUUCAUUUUAUAAAAAUGAUCAAAAUAAUCACAAGUUAAUGUCAUACAUUUAUAUUUGGAAGUACUAUUAUUUCUUUUUAUACAAGAGAAUAGAGAGCUCUAAUAUCAAUUUUCGCUAAAUAUUGUAAUUUGUAGGUUAAGCAAGAACACGAUCUUGUUUUCUCUCUUGUAUUGUAGAGCAUUCUUUCUAUGUCAUAUCGUUUACAGCAACUUUGAUUUAUGUCCGUUAAUCCAACGAUCAACAAUAAACUGUUGUACGAGAUUUGUAGUAUUUUUCGAUUCUUAAUCGAACUUCGUAAAUAUACGCAUGUAUUUCAAUUUCUUUUCAAAGCACGUGGCGGAAAUUUUUCAGUUCAAAAGGAACUUGAUCUUGUAUACGCCGAAAUUAUAUUGUCAAUAUUAUAUUGUUACAUUACCUCUUGCAAUUAUUCACGCGUAUCAGCAGUUUUCUUUUCCUCUUCCAAUGUUUUUCUUUUUUUCCAUGUUUAUUGUUUUCCUCUUUGUUCCUUUUUUCUUUUUUUUAACCUUCAUCGCACACGCAAUUUUCGACGACAUAUAUUUCCGUUUAAUCUUCGUUCGAGAUAUUUCCAGUACUUCAUAUGCGAUGCAAAAAACUUCGAAUCCAGUAUGAUUUGUUAAUUGUUAUCUAGAUUAUUCGUUUACAGUCGUGUAUUAAUUAAUAGUAUUGACAGAGUACAAGUUACAUAUAUAUAUAUAUAUAUAUAUUUCCGAGGAACAAAUGGAAAUUUGAGGGAAUGUGAAAAGGGAGAGCGAGAAAAGUUAAGAAUUAAAUGAGAAAGGGAGAGUUGAAAAAAAAUUUGGCAGGCGCUUAUAUUAUUGAGGUGCUUCAAACGCCAGUAACGUGUUGUCAUACAACAAUGUAGAGUAACAUGCGUCGGGCAUCUCGUUAAAUUUAUUUCUUACUCCGUCAAUAGUGAUAGUCUUUCAAUUACAUACUUAUAUACAUACAGGCAUAUAUACAUAAAUGCAUCAUACGCAUAAGUAUGAUUAAUCACAUGUACUACCGUAAUACCACCGGUGUACGAUUGCAAAGGGGGAAAAAAAGUAAACCAAUCAAGAUCGCUUUGAACAUAAUUUAUCGCGUAAUUGCACUAAAGAAAGAAGGAAAAAAAAACUAAAAUCAGAGUAAAGAUAAACUAUAAGAUUUACGAAUGUAUAAAGAAAAUAUUUACAGAUAUAGAUUAACUACAUUACUAUACGGAUAACGUCGAACAAUAUGUAUCGGUAAAUAGGAAAUAGCGAGAUGUACAAUGUAUAAUCCAGACUUGAGAAUGAAAGAGAAAAGAAAAGAAAAGAAAGAAACGAACAGAGAGACAGAAUAAAUAAUACGUAACAUGGUAAAUAAUAUGGAUUUUUGAAAAAGUCAUUUUUAUAUUGUACGAACUGCAGAUAGGACUAGUGUAUCGAAAGUAACGGGAAGAAAGCAAUCGACAAGUACUUUGUUGUACUAUUAUUCUUCCUGAAUAUCUUUUAUGUAUCAAUACAAAUAAACAGAUGUAAUUAUUCUA